AUGGGAGAAUCAUUAAGCAAAUCCAUCAAGAGGUAAUACUUUGAAAUGAGAGGAGGUGACAAUGCUAAGGAUAAAUUAAUAGCAAUUAUGGAUCAUCUAGGCGAGGAAGAUGUUUUUGACAAAUUAAUAGCAAAUUAGGGAACGCCAGAAUAUGUUGCCUACGUGGACAAGCACGGGAAUUUAGAUUUGACUGGAGAUCUAAAUGACUUUUAUGAUAAUCUAACAGAUUCUCAAGCUCAGGCUCUUAUCUAAUGGUAUGAAACAAAUGCCACUGCCUGA